GCCUCGCCGGGACGCGCCAGUGACGUCAUACGCCUGCGAGGGCCCCGCCGUGACCGCGCGCCAUCGCCGCGUAGCGGCCGGACCCCGCGAGGACAGCACGAGGCCGGGGCGUUCAGGAGAGGUCAGGGGGCUGCAGUUCCACCCGAUUGCGGACGGAGGGCGCUGUGGCGCCGAGCAGGACGCGGAGGAUGGAGAGGACCCUGCGCCCCCAGGACUCUUUCCUUCGGGCGGGGUCAUCAGAAAAGGGCGCGAGGGCGAAAGAAAGGGGUUUGCAGGAGCCGCGGCCGCCACACGAGCGCCCUGCCGUGGCCGCAGGCGCCCCUCCCGCGCAGCACCCGCACCUCCCGCAGCCUCGGGGCUGCAGCCGGGCUGUCAGGGCCGGAGGAAGCCUGCGCGGUGCCCCAGAGGGCACUCACCCCCAGGCCGGACAGAGCGCGAGACAACUGUCCAGUCUGCAGAGUAAAUGCCGCGGGCGAAGGCAGGAGUGACUGGAUGCCUGUAUGAAGGAGGGGACGUGCACAUGCGUGUGCCAAUCCCGACUGGGCCCUGGUUCAAAGAAAAAGCUGUACAAGUCAUUUUGGGGUCAAUUGGGAAAGCUGGUAUACAGACGAGACGUUGGAUUACAGUGCAGAAUAAUUAUUUUCUGAGGUGUGACAAUGUAGUGUUUUUGUGUAUGAAGAAUGGACUCGGCAGACUUCUUCUGUAAAGGACCACAUGUCAGGGAACCCCAAGCCCCGGCUGGUGGAUCUGCUAGGCUCGGAGAAGGGAGGGCUAUGAUUUAUUAGGACAAAGGGACACAAAGCAAAAUCAUUGCAGGAAAAAGCCGUGUAGAGUGAGUCCAGGGGACACCAGGAGGAAGCUUCAGAAUCCUCUCCAGGUGGCGUCACACGGGACACACUUAACCCCCCAGCAAGGAGCUGUGACAGCACAUGGGAAAUGUCCACUAACGGAGCAAACUGGAGAGACACAGACUACAUUACAUCGGUGAAGCCCCAGCUGGAGGAGAAGGAAAACAGAAAGUUCUGCACUUUUAAGGCGACUGAGUACAAGAGCCAGUUGGUUGCGGGCAUGAACUACUUCAUCAAGGUUCAAGUUGGAGAUAAUGACUUCAUACACAUUCGCGUGUAUGAAAGUCUCCCACAUGAGAACAAGCCCUUGGCCUUGCACGGCUAUCAGACCAACAAGACCAAGCAAGACGAGCUGGAAUAUUUCUAGUUCUGAAUCUUGAACUAAGCCCAUCAUCCACGAAGUUCUAUGUCGUCUGUGAUCACGUCUGGGUCCUGAAUGAGCGAUGUCUCUACGCUGUGCCACUGCUGAUGGAGGGGCUGUUCUGCAC